AAAAACAACCAAAUUAUACUAAUUGAAGGUUAAAGAAAAAGGCCAUAGGUCACUGAUUUUAAUGUGGGAAUCAUUGGGCAAUAUGUGUGGAAAUAUUCAUUAGGAGUUGAAACCUGCUGCUCGUGGUGGACAGUAAGUCCUGCACAAUGUGACAGUAAUCAGUUCACGAAGACGAGGUUGACUGAGGUGCGGGAAUAGCAAGCGUGCGCGCUCCGCGUCACGUCGCUCACCUCAUGGUUCCUUGCGCUCCCCGCGUCGCGGAUCCUCCACCCCUGCACUCCGCCGGACGGGGCUGUUGCUGCUCGCACUGUGAGGCUACAGGCAGCCGAGAGGAUGCGCGGAUCCGCGAGCGUGUGCGUCCUCCGCAGCCUCCACCCCCCCAUCCCCAGUCCGAACUGAAGUUUCGCCCGGUCUGAUGUGUUUCCCCACCCGAGUGCCAUUUGCGGGGGAGAAUGCGUCUUCUCGCCUUCGCGACUUUAUUCGGAGUCCUUCUCGACGCAGGAGAUGCCCUUCAGAUCCAGUGCUACCAGUGUGAGGAGAUGAAGCACAACGACUGCUCCACGCCGGAGUACGUCGUCAACUGCACCGUCAACGUGCAGGACAUGUGCCAGAAGGAGGUGCUGGUCAAACCCGAUGGGAUACAUUACCGGAAGUCCUGCGCCUCCUCCGGGGCCUGCCUCAUCGCCUCCUCCGGCUACCAGCAGUUCUGCACCGGGAGGCUGAACUCGGUCUGCAUCUCCUGCUGCAACACGCCGCUCUGCAAUGGGCCGAAGAGGAAGCGCCCCGUCCCCUCGGCAGCGCCGCCCGGACCGCGGACGAGUCGGCCUCUUCGUCUCCUCCUGGCCGCUUCCCUGCUGCCACUCGUUCUCCUCCGGCUGACGUAGACGGCAGCGUCGAGUUUCCACUGCACAGUUCACCCAGGAGCCAGGACCAGUGAUCACUGCUGUGACAUUGUGAUGGAGCAGACUUGGGGACACGAUGCUGGCUUUUUAAAUCUUCUCAGCGUCAUGAAUCUGAUCGAUAUUUAACACCCCAACCACUGAGAAUGACGCUGCAGAACUGGAAGCCAGAAGCAUACCGAGCGUUACGAGUCAUGUGUUGCCAGAGAAGGGACCGUCCAGUCUGCAUCUCCCUAUUUCCUUUGCUUUUUGUGAAGUGGAGCGCUUUUGUGAAGAACCUGCUCUGAGGUCGUUGUUACACGCUGUAAAAAGUGCUCGAAGAUGAUGAGUUUUCAUGUUUUGGGCUUUCUUUGAUUCGUGGCUUGACGCAGCCCCAACCAUUGAUGCUCUAGUUGAUCAGACUUGACGAUUUUAUGUAUUUUUAAAUGGAAUAUAACAGAAGUGAUCGUACAAACUACUUCUUUUCUUCCUAUGUUAUGGUGGUGAAGGCACUUUGACUAUGGCACUUUGAUUCAGAUGAAUGAGGUUCCUGAGGUCCUCUUGCAGCACAUUCCCCUUCAUAUUUAUGCAUAUUUCCCACUGCCAUAUAGUAUUGAUUGACAUUUUAUUGCAGGGAAGACUCUAAAAACGGCUUUGUGUUUUGCUAAUUCAUGAAAUUGGUUGAAUGAAUUCUUCCAUACAAUCAGUCCAUUAGAGAUCAUAUAGAGACAUUAAUAAUUCAUAUACUUUUUUAAAAUAAGAUAUUGACCUAUCUUAGAGCUAAUCAUGAAAAAAAUGUGUUACAUAGACAUAGUGGAGAAGCUAUAAGCACAAGUAAAUUUUCUUCAGGGUGAAAUCAGCCAUAUUUCCCUUAGGAUUAUACAGUAUAUCUUUAGGACUUAUAUUUGUCCAAAUCAUAGCUAGUGAUGCAUGUAGCCUCUGCUGGAAACUGUAUUUAUAAACUAUGCCAAUGAAAAAUUAUGGAUCAUAUUUCCAUGUUCAGCAGGGCAUUUUCGGAAAUUAAACCUAACCCAUUUAUUUGUAUCCUAAAGUUGUAUUUUAGUGCUUGCAUAUUUUUUUUUCAAUCUGUACAGUAUUAUAUUUAUAUGUAGUGAAUGUUCUGUAUAGACAUCAUUGACGCGGACAUUCUCUCAUUGUCAUAAAUUUAUGUAACGUCUCGAGAAGAAGAGCAAAUAAAAAAGAAAUUACACCGAGGUUCCAUCUGAUGGUUUCAAUUACACAACGACCUCGCAUCAUUAUGAUAUUGUUUUAAUAUUAAAAAAGAAUGGCGUUAAAUAAUAAUAAUAAUAUUUUUUUUUCAGACAGAGAUGGAUCAUCUGAUGAAUGUACAUGGCAGCGUUUUUGACUGGUCUUCUGUGAAGAGUAUCACUGUAUUCUGCUGACUUGUGAUGUAAAUAAAUGUUGCCGGAAAAAAUGGA